AUGCCGACAGAAUUCAUCAGCCUUACUUUCCCCAAUGCUUCAACGGAGCUAAAUCCAAUCCCGAAUGCGGUGAUUGAACCUGAGUACUUGAAACGGUACGCCCGCUCCUUGGAUGACUAUGACUUCAAUUACACCUUGGUCCCAUACGACUCCUCGUACUUCGACCCCUUCACAGUUGGAGCCACCAUCGCAUCCGUCACCAAAAACCUGAAGGUGAUUAUCGCCCUUCGCCCAAACACACUUUACCCCACCGUCGCAGCCAAAGCCCUGGCAACCCUGGAUCAACUCAGCAACGGUCGGGCAGUCGUACACUUCAUCGCGGGUGGAAGUGACGCCGAGCAAGCCAAAGAAGGAGACUUCCUCAACAAAGAACAGCGUUAUGCGCGUCUGGAGGAGUAUAUCCUCAUUCUGCGUCGCGCGUGGGAAUCUGCCGACCCAUUUGACUGGGAUGGGGAAUACUAUCAAUUCAAGCAGUUCAGCAAUAAAGUGCGACCAGUCAACGGUACCAUUCCCGUCUCCGUCGGUGGAUCCUCCGAUGAAGCCUACCGCAUCGGUGGCUCUCUAGCAGACAUCUUCGGGCUAUGGGGCGAGCCACUGAAGGAGACCAAGGAACAAAUUGACCGGAUCUACGCCGAGGCAGAUAAGGCAGGACGUGUCCCAAAUGAUCGUCCACGGAUCUGGGUUACUUUCCGUCCUAUCGUUGCGGAAACUGAUGAACUUGCUUGGAUUAAGGCGCACAAGACCUUGGAUGCUUUGACUACACACCGCGCGAAUGGGCAGGGUAAAGCGCCUGCCAAUGCACCACCUCCUCAGAAUGUGGGAUCCCAGCGAUUGCUGGAUAUUGCUAAGCGUGGUGAAGUCCAGGAUCGUGCUCUCUGGUAUCCAACUGUCACUGCCACUAAUGCUCGUGGCGCUUCGACUGCGUUGGUCGGAUCUUACCAGACUAUUGUUGAUUCUAUUUUGGAUUAUGUUGAUCUUGGUGCUGAGCUUAUAUCUAUUCGCGGUUAUGAUAACCUCAACGACGCUAUUGACUAUGGACGCUAUGUAUUGCCUGGGGUCCGUGGAGAACUGGAGAAGCGGGGAAAUGGUGCGGUUUGA